AUGUCGAAUCGGUUGCUAUCUUACCCAGAGGACGAAGCGAAGAGCCCGUCCGGAAGAUUGCGACGGGCCAUGGAAAAGGCAAAACAGCCGCCGUAUGUCCAGUACCUUCCUGAAGAUGCUACAGUACAGCUCAUCGAAUCGGAGCAGGAAUCAUCACGCAGACAACUGCCCAGAACAAGCUCUUCUCGGUGCACAAAGAGAACCUCGUUGACCGUUGGUGUUUCCGUGUGCCUGGUCGCCAUAUUGAUUUGCUUGGCAUCACUGUUGCUCGUUCAGGGCAAGCCUUCUUCAAGUGCAGAACCCCUCACAAAGUUUGACCUGCCGGACGUUGUCAACUUGGCCCUGCUGUCGAGCACAGAAAAUUCCAUCACGGUCACCUGGGAGCAGCCUAAAACUCGUUUUGACUAUUACUGGAUCACCAUCAGCGAGCAAAAUAGAGGAAAGAACGCCACCAAGGAACAGCAUUACAUGGGCUCCUGCUCGAACGGUACAACCAUUCACCCAAGCCAGAACCGAGUCACCUGCACCAAUAUCAACGCUUGCACUAACGUCACCUUGACUGUACAUACGCAAAUCAACGGACCUCCUAAGCGUGUCUCCAAGGGAGCUACAAUGGCAAUCAUUUUUAUUGCUGGACAAGAACCAGAUGCACCAAAAAACAUCACUGCGAUCGGGAUAUCGCCAACACUUACCCGACUACAGUGGGCACCGCCGUCCAAGAUGCCCGGAACGCGCAUCGCAUACACAGUUAAAGUAUGUGACAGCUUCCCUACGUGUGGCAGAGUCCUGCGUGACUGCAAGGAAAAUGAGACGUCCCAUACAUGGCUGGAAUUUGAAAGCACCGUCAAUACCGGGUAUUGCAUUGUUGUCGUGGCAAACGCCCACUGUGGGCCCCGGAUACUAAGGAGUCCCGAAGCAAUGUUUAUAUUUAGGACGCAUUCGUUUCGGCCUUCUGACGUCACCGACUUGAAGAUUAUUAAAGUCGGGGAAGACUUCUUCACCGUGAACUGGACAAGGCCAAACGAUACAUUUGACUAUUACAGCGUGAAGAUAGAUGCCUUUUUAAAAGGGACAACAUGGAGCAAUGGAUCGUGCGCAGAUGGCACCAUCAUUCACCGCGACCGGACGGAACUAACGUGCACUGAUCUGGAACCUAGGCACCUCUACAUGUUGCAAUUGUACACUCACAUUACCGGACCGCCUGCGAGGACUUCUCGCGGUGCAUCCCGGUUCAUCCUGACGACGACAAAGCUACGGCAGCUAUGA